AUGGCACAUUCGUCGACUUCCGCGGACCUCAGCGUUGCCAAUCUCUUCAACUUUCAGGAACAUGUUGUCCUUGUCACGGGUGGAGCGACCGGCCUGGGUGAAAUGGCCGCUCAAGCAUUCAUCCAGAACGGAGCCAAAGUCAUCAUUGCGAGCCGAAAGAAGGCCGAGCUGGAGAAGACGUCGAGCAGAUUGAACAGUCUUGGACCUGGAAAGUGCGAGUGCGUGCAUCUUGCCGUUGGAAGGAGUUCAUGGAGUUGUGCUGAUCCUCUUUCAGUUACGUCGUUGCAGACCUGGCUAACAAGGCCGGAUGCGAUGCCUUGUGCGCAGAAGUGAAGAAGAAGACUGACCGACUUACGGUGUUGGUGAACAACUCUGGUGCAACAUGGUAUGUUACCUUCUGCAGCCAGACAACAACUCCGUACUCAACGCUCGCAGGGGUGCUCCAUAUGACGACUUCCCAGAGUCGGGCUGGGACAAGCUCAUGGCCCUCAACGUAAAAGCAAUCUUCUACACGACAGUCGGCCUCCAUGACCUCCUCACGAAGGGCGCCACAGCAGACAUGCCAUCUCGCGUAAUCAACAUCGCCUCCAUGGCCGGAGUUCAGACGACAGAUGUAACCGUUGGCGACGAAGGAGGCCUCGCCGCUCCAGGCUCUGGCACCUUUUCCUACGGACCCUCAAAAGCAGCAUGCAUUCAUCUCUCCCGCAUGCAAGCCUCGAAGCUGAUGUCGCAUCAUGUCACUGUGAACUGCAUCUGCCCAGGUGUCUUUCCCUCCCGCAUGACCGCUUUCGGAAUGCAGAGCGCCAUGGACACGCUCGUAUCAGGCCAUCCGAGCGGUCGCAUUGGAAAGCCAGAAGAUUUCGGCGGACUCGUGCUCUUCCUCUCGAGUCAAGCAGCAGGCCAUCUGACCGGCAACAUCCUCGAACUAGAUGGCGGAAGCACACGCAGUGGAUUCAGAAGCAAGGCAAGGAACCAGCGAGAGAAGCUUUAG